UAAGACUUUGCACCUGCCCUGUGAUGUUGGUGGCUGAAGCAGCGUGAAAUGAUAGUCUGUAGAUAGUAGCAGUUUCAGUUUUGCAAGGCUUUAUCGGUUGCUAACAGACAGCUCUUCAAGAGGAAGGAAGUACAAGACCUGAGGACAAAAAACAAACAACCCCCCGCCAUUACCACCAAGUUUCCAGGAACACUUGUUGAUUUUCUUGCCAGGCAGGGCAAGUCUGUCUUUUAGACCAGAUGUCAGUUGUCAGAUUAGCAGUUAGGCCAGACACUAAACAUUUUUAAUUGGUAGAUUUUAAAACACAAGACCAAGAGAUUGUUCUUUUAAUGUGAACUGUACAUGUUAAAUUACAGUAGCUGCUUCAAAUUAGGGAUGUGGCUUUAAAUACAAAAGUACUUCCUCUAGCAUCUCUCUUUUUUUUUUUUAAUAGCGGGAAGUAAUUUUUGGUUCUUUAAAAAAUACAUAUGCAAACCAUAGCCUGUUGCCAUGGUUACUACUGUAUGCUAAUGUGAAUAGCUUAUUUCACGUUCUUAAACCUAUAGGGUUGGGGAAGCAUAAUUAUUCUGGUCUUUCACUAUUUCCCCUUUAGCUAGGCCACCAUCCUUUUACUGCGAAGAAAGAAUGUUGUAAUUAGCCCAGAGUGCACAGCAGAACAGAGCUCUUCGAGGUGGUGGUGGCUGUGUCACUGUAUUAUUUAAGCAGCUUUAAGACCUAACCUACACUUGAGGCAAAACAGGUUGGUACUAAGAAGUGCCUUUCCUGACGUCUCUGCUGCUUGGAACCGCUUCUAGAGCAGUCUCUGCUUUUUGCCUUGCUUGCUGCCAGCUAGACUGCGACGACAGCACAUCCACCCUCCACCUCUAGCCCAGACACCCCCAUUUCUACUUAUAAUCAAGAGAAAAGCUCUAAGUAUCAGGCAUUGCCCUAGGCUGCUUUAGUAUAAAAAUAAGUUUGCUGAAAAAGUAAGAUAUCUUCUGCCAGAAAAUCAAGGAGAGAAAAAAAAAUUCUCGAUUGUUGCUCUAAACUGCUGCAUCUGUCUAUGCCAAACUAAUCAAUACCGAUUGCACCACAAAACGCAAUUGCAAAUUCAGCUGUGUUGGAGAUUACCUUUCAGACAACUUUACUGAAAGCAGCUUGGAAAUUCUGUGUCAAAGGGUCUGCCACGUUUUCAUGCUUGCAUUUUGGGCUCCAAAUUGGCACUCGGAAUGGGUUACUGAGAGCACAAGGCUAGUUUCAGGCCACACUUUUUAACAUUCAUCUUACUUAUGAACCUAGCAUUUCUUUAAAUACAAAACCUCUUUCAAUUAGCAGUUUCAUGCUGUGAAUUUCUAGUUGGAAACCUUUUCUUUGAUAUUGUGACAACACAAUUUUACAUGUACUUUUAAAGUAGGGAGCGGGGAAAAGAGUAUUUUGGAGGUGACAUUUUCAUCAUUUCCAGUCUAUCAGUUUGGCUGUUUGUUUGUUUGUUUCACUGAAAAUUUUAACUACCUGUAAAAAUCUAAACAUGGCUGUUAGUGUCACACCGAUUCGGGACACAAAAUGGCUAACACUGGAAGUGUGUAGAGAGUUCCAAAGAGGGACUUGCUCACGACCAGACACGGAAUGUAAAUUUGCACAUCCAUCGAAAAGCUGCCAAGUUGAAAAUGGACGAGUAAUCGCCUGCUUUGAUUCAUUGAAAGGUCGAUGCUCAAGGGAGAACUGCAAAUAUCUUCACCCACCCCCACACUUAAAAACACAGUUGGAGAUAAAUGGACGCAAUAACCUGAUUCAGCAGAAGAACAUGGCCAUGCUGGCCCAGCAAAUGCAACUAGCCAAUGCCAUGAUGCCUGGUGCCCCAUUACAACCUGUGAACUAUAUGCCUCAGUCAUUCCAAAAAAGAGGGGGGGAGGGAUCUCCAUAUUACAUCGACAUUGAUACCAAUUAUCAAUACCAUACGUUCAAGCCAAUGUUUUCAGUUGCACCAAGUUUAGCCACCAAUGCAUCAGCAGCCUUUAAUCCCUACCUGGGGCCUGUCUCCCCAGGCUUGGUCCCAGCAGAGAUCCUACCAACUGCACCGAUGCUGGUUGCAGGGAAUCCUGGUGUCCCCGUUCCUGCAGCUGCUGCUGCUGCUGCACAGAAAUUAAUGAGGACGGACAGGCUGGAGGUAUGUCGAGAGUAUCAGCGUGGCAAUUGUAAUAGAGGAGAAAAUGAUUGCCGGUUUGCUCAUCCUGCUGACAGUGCAAUGAUCGAUACCAACGACAACACAGUUACUGUCUGCAUGGAUUACAUCAAAGGGAGGUGUUCACGGGAAAAGUGCAAAUAUUUUCACCCUCCUGCACAUUUGCAAGCCAAGAUCAAGGCUGCCCAGUACCAGGUCAACCAAGCUGCAGCUGCCCAAGCAGCAGCUACUGCAGCUGCCAUGGGAAUUCCUCAAGCUGUACUUCCCCCAUUACCAAAGAGGCCUGCGCUUGAAAAAACCAAUGGUGCCACCGCAGUCUUUAAUACUGGUAUUUUCCAAUACCAACAAGCUCUUGCCAACAUGCAGUUACAACAGCAUACAGCCUUCCUCCCACCAGGCUCAAUAUUGUGCAUGACACCCGCUACAAGUGUUGUUCCCAUGGUGCACGGUGCUACGCCAGCCACUGUGUCUGCAGCAACAACAUCUGCCACAAGUGUCCCCUUCGCUGCAACAGCCACAGCCAACCAGAUACCCAUAAUAUCUGCCGAACAUCUGACUAGCCACAAGUAUGUUACACAGAUGUAGACAUUUUGUCAUCAAACAAUCAUACUAAAGAGAAAAGGACAGUGUGCUUGGAUAGAGAAAAGGACAUGAGCAUUAGCCAUAAUGUAUAUACCGUCAAGCCACACACAAAAAUUCCCUCAGCAGUAAGACAUCCACAUACUGCAUGUUAACAAGAUGAAUCGACAACUGGGAAAUCCACUGCACACUGUUGCCUAUAUACUUUGUACAUUUAAUUGAUAUUUGUGCUGAGGUGAUCUUAUUGUCUAAAUCUACAACAUUGUCUAUCUUUUCUAGCACAGAGGUAUGCCUAUAUAUUUAAAUAUGCAUACAUAGUCUAUUUCCUACAUAAUCAUGUAUGUCAUCUUGAAAAGACAGACUAUGAUGUAAUCAUAAAUCUAUUAUGUAUUGGUACGUCUGUAGACCAAGAUAUAAUUUUUUAAAGUAAGUUUAUUUCUUUCAAGGUUUACAAAUAACAAAGGUGCACCUUGUAUUUAAAAUUGCCAUUAUAGAUGAGAGCGUGCAUGCACAGUAAUUUUUGUUUAAGAGUAAUAUUUUUAAUGUAAUAGAUUGUAAGAAGUGGUAAGAGAGGUAUCUGACAGAGAUGAAUGUGCCAAGCAAAACCACAACUGUGUAUAUUUUAAAGCACAUCCGUGGCUUUAAGUACCAUGUUGUUAAGGAUUCUCAUGAAGUGCCAUAGACUGUACAUCAAAUUAGAGUAUUAUUUCUGCAGUGUUAUUUUCAGAGCCACAUUUUUGCUUAUUUUGUUAGUACUAUUCAGUCAAAGGCACCAUUCUGUUUCAAAACCAAAGCUGUCUCAGAAAUGGCCAAUUCAACCUAUAAUAAAAGUAGACAACAGAAAAACAAACUAUCAGUACAGAUUAACGUAACACAUACUGGACAUAUAAAUAUAUAUAAACUAUUUUAAGGCAUUGUAGUGUAAAAUUUAUGCAUAUUAUUACUGAAUAACUCAAUAUACAAAAGGGAAAAGCCAUUUCUGAGACACAAUAACAAAAAUGUUUGAGGAACUUAUUUUGCUUCUAUUUAUAGCCUCUGUCAAAAGACUAUAAAUGCUUUGCAGAGAUGGAUUUCACUUUUGCUUAAAUGUUUCAUCAAAGUCACACUUCAAAAUAGUGACUCUAAACAAAGAAGAAAGAAGCACUGACAUCAGAUGCAUGAUAAACCAAAAUAUGAAAAAACUGAGAUGUUAAUUAGCAUAGAAUUGGGUGGGUUAAAUACCUGGGUGAGUUUUGUGAGUUUUUUGUUUUUUUUUGUUGUUUUUGUUUUUUUGUUUUUUUUUUUUUGGUUCAGAUUAACUGCUUAUAGCCUUAGAAAGCCUUUACAAAAUAAUAAUAAUAAAAAAAUAGAUGUGCAUUCAAGUUUUUAAGAAUGGAUUCAUCCAAAGGAAUUCCUUUUUGUGGUUUGGAUGUUGCAGUUAGUAAAGGAUAUUUUUGCUCUGUUCAGCAAACUGCUGAAGUGGGGGCCAGGUCACUGGUAGUAUAGCAUGGAGUGGAAGAAGUGUGAGUUCAGUUAUAGAACUUUCCAUACUUCCAAGUUUACUGCAAGUUUUUAUGCUUGAGAGAGAUGCUUUCUAGUAUAAGAAUGAUGUGUUGAUUUUACUGAUUGUACUGUACAUCUAUUAAAGCCUUAGAUUAUUACAUUACGGGUUAAAACCCAUACCAAUGUAAUUUCAAUCAUGUUAAGAAAGUAUAGAUGACUUCACGUGUUAUUGUAGUUACUUACAUUACAGAAUAUUACUUAUUUUUUCUUUUUAAAAUGUAGUUUUUAUUUCUUACAUUUAUUAGAUCAUUUUCAUUUUCUAUUACCAGUUGAAUACCAUUUCAGUUUAUAGAAUUUUGUUUUAUUAGAUUAUACUGAUGACUUUUUCAAAAUACAAAAAAAAUUAAAAAAUAAAAAGUAAGUUUUUUUCUUCAUAACAUACUCAGUUUUGAAUUUAAAUGUAGUGUCAUGAGUAUUUGUAUUAUUGUUAACUAAAUGAUUUAUAUUUUACUGAUUUAAUAUUACAAUGUAAGAACGUCAGUCAUCGUUAGUUCUUGUCUAGUUUUCAUUAAAAGAACAAAGAUCUUUUAUAUGGAUAUCUUAUAAUUAUAUAAUCAUUGCUAAGUAAGAAGUUCAGUUGUUGCUAUCGCAACAAUCCUGGCAGACAAUUGAAUAAUAUUUUGAUGAUUUAUUUUGUUUGUAAUUAGUUAUUAUAAGAAAAUCUAGUUCCUAGAUAUUAGAAUAAAAUUUAUUUUCUACUGUAUCCAUUUCAAAUGUUAAAAUAUUGUUUAAAUAUUUUUUGAAAUCCCUGAAUAUCAGGCCUUGUUAUAAAUAAGCUGCAUAAUCAAUAGAUCAAGGGACUUUUUGUUGAUAAUCCAAAUACUCAAAGUUUACGUAACAAGAAUUAAAGCGUGUGUGCAAACUCUUGAGGGUUGAUUAUGCUGCAGUUUAGCAUGUGGGAACGUAUAGAGAGAAGGUUGACUUUUUGCACUUCUGUAUAUAGUCAAAAAAGAGAGAAACCUGUAUAAUAGUAAGAUCUUAUUUUGAAUAAAAAUGUCUAUAAUUACAAGGAGUUUUGUUAAGGCUAAUAAAAUGACAGGCUGAACAAAAUUGCUUGCAAAAGUGGCACAGAGUUAGCACUCCAUACCCCUUCAAAAAAGUUGCUUUGCUUUAUGUGGACAGCUUGUAGUUUGCCAGGAUUUUUUCAGCUGGAAAGAUAUGCCAUCCUUCCAAGAUCUCAUGACUGACAAAAAAGCUCCACUGGUUCAAAUCUGCCUGAAAAUCAUUACUUUAAAAAAAAAUUUUUUUAAAAAAGCAGGUAUUUCAGACCAUCAAGGUGAAAUCAUGGCUUAAAUAUUCCGUACAUUAUUCAAAAACUACUGCAUGUUUAAAGUAUCAAAAACAAAACAAAAAAAACAAAAAAAAACCAAAAAACAAAAAAAAAACAACAACCAACAACUAUAUUAAGGAUAUAUUCUAUUCAAAGCAGUUUCUGACAAUUUCAGUGGUUUAUUGUUCACAAAACAAGAAACUUCAAAACAGAUAUUGACAUUCACAAAAAUGAAAUUAUGAACAGGCAAACCAAACAGCACACUGUAGCUGUAGUUAUGUGAUUAUUUUUUUAUUGUAAUGGUCCUGUUCUUUUAGCAGGUGAAAAACAAAAACCUAUCAAAUGUUACCAUUUGAAUGAAAAGCACUCAAGAAACCAUGUAAUUACAUAAGCAAAAGGUGGAAAUUAGGCCAUUAUUUUAUCUGGAAUAUUCAGUAUUCACACUGAUUAAUUAAUAACGUUGCACUUACUUGCAACCCUGCAACUUUCAUCUGCUGAAAGGACAGAUGUGCUUGGUUUUACUAUUAUGUAAUCACAGACUUACUUUUUGCUUGUAGUUGCUGCAAAUUAUGUACUCUGUCCUGGGCUGCAAUUUGUUUCCAUGCUUAUUUUAUUAUUACUGCUAUAGUUGACCUUGCUGUAUGGAAAAAUAAAGUGAAAUUGCCCUAA